AUGGCGACGGCGGGCGUGGCGGAGCUUCGCGGCCUCCUGGAGCUGCAGACUUUCGACCAGGUGGCCUUCCGCGACUUCGCGACGCGGAAUCGGCUCGGGAAGCUGCUGGCGAUGAAGGGCUUCGGCUCGGGGCUCGGCGCGUCCUUCGCCGGCGAGGCCUGGGAGGUGGCAAAGGGCUUCGACUGCGUGCUUUGGGACGGCGAUUGGUUUAAGGAGGACAGCUUCAGCAGCUUCAUCCCCGAGUUCCUGCGGGCCUCGCCGGCGCAUCACGCCGUUGCUGUUCGAAAGGCCUCGGGCAAGCUGGAUGG